AUGAGUCAGUUUUCCCACCUUGAGCUCCAGCCCGCUGACGAAUUCAACGAUCUCCGGAUAAAAUUGGCAAACGACUCGGACCCCAAUAAAAUUGAUGUCAGUAUCGGUGUCUAUAGAGGAGAGGAUGGAAACUCCUUCACGCUCCCUGUCGUCCGCAGAGCCAAGGCCUUGUACCACGAGGAAAACUAUGGGCACGAUUAUACGUUUUGCUUGGGAUUGCCUGAUUUUGUGCAAAAUGCUGCCAAGGUCAUCAUAGGUGAAACACUCGUGUCCAAAAAGUUGGUGGCCUCGUGCCAAACCAUCGGUGGAACUGGAGCAUGUCACCUCGGAGCCUUGUUUCUCAGUCAGAGUUCAGGCUACAAGAACUUUUAUCUCGGGGUUCCCGCGUGGCCCAACUACCUUCCUUUAAUUAAACAGGCUGGAGGUACUGUCACCACGUACUCGUACUACGACACGGAGAAGAAGCAAGUGGACUUCAACGCGAUGUUGCGCCUGCUCAACGCUGCUCCCGCCAAGUCCGUGUUCAUUUUGCAAUUGUGUUGUCAUAACCCUACUGCUGCGGAUUUGACGAUCGAGCAAUGGCUGCAAGUGGCUGAGAUCAUGAAGAAAAGAGAUUUGAUUCCGUUUAUUGACGCGGCAUAUCAGGGAUUUGCCACGGGGUCGAUGGAGACUGACGGUUUGCCUAUCCAGAAGUUCAUUGAGGUGGGCUGCGAGGUGGUUGUGUGUCAGUCGUUUUCCAAGAACCUUGGAUUGUAUGGAGAAAGAUUGGGGUGCUUGCACGUGGUGGUCAACGAUGUGGCCCACACUCCGCUUGUGCUAGAUCAGUUGAGAUACAUGUAUCGUGCCGAGUGCUCGAGUUCUCCCGCGUAUGGUGCUAGACUAAUGGCUCUUAUCACCAAGAAUGAUGAGCUUUUGACCCAGUGGAAAAAGGACUUGCAGGACAUGAGUUCACGUUUAAGAACCACCAGGGCCACUGUGUACGAGUUGCUCACCGAGAAGUAUAAAACCCCAGGAACUUGGGAACAUGUCAAGACUCAACGAGGUCUUUUCUGGUACUCUGGCUUGACCGAGCAACAAAGUAAGAAACUUCUCGAUGAGCAUCAUGUGUUUCUUCCUAAGAGUGGAAGAGUCAAUGUGGCAGGUUUGAGCGAUCGUAACGUUGAUUCCUUCUGUGCUGCAUUUGAUGCAGUGGUUAGAAGCUGAUAGUUAGGGUUUAGUAGCAUUAUCUUCAUACGGGUUAGUGGGAAUUUACUAACAUUAUGAAAAGACAUGUUAGAGUAGAGCUUUAACAGAUAGAAGACAAUGAACGUAUAACUAUCUCUGACAGACAUCCUGCAGUCAAGCCAC